GAAACUGAUUGGACAGUACAUCCCGCUGCGUAUAAUUAGUGCGUAACAUUGUGAGCUAACGGGUGCUCAGUGUCGACGCAUCAAUUUGACUACAAAUUUGUUCAACAUUUGAUUUCAGUUUGGCCAUUCAAUUUAUUGUCUAGAAUUGUUGUUUAUUUUUACGGACUCUAAUACUUUUGCGAACAUAACCUAGAUGCGUUCAGUACCUUUACGAUCUUUCAAUGACUUUUUAGGCUUUGGCGCUCGAUUCAGUAUACCCAGAGAAUGUAAAUGGAAUGGACGAAUGGUUUCAAAUCUAAUUUAUUAUCAGUCGAAUUACUUUUUGUUAAGCUUAGUUAUAAUAAUGUUACUCAGCGCGCUUAAUCCAAUUUCCGUUUUAACAGGACUUCUUGUGAUAUGCCUACCCUUGAUGAUCCUCCUGUUUUUAGAUACACAAACCCUUAACACUAUUAACCAACCAAAGAUACUUGUACCUGUAUGUAUUGUCAUCGCCAUGUUACUGAUUCGUUUCAUAUCUGGAAUCAUCUUUUUCUCUUGUGUUCUACUUGUUCCAGUACUAAGUAAGUUUCAAUGUGAAAUAACUAUAGUGAUUAAAAUCAGCAGUAUGCCUUCAUGCCCUCUGUAGACAACGUAAUUUAAAAAACAGAGUUUGUAAACUUGUGGAAUCAGUUCGCUCUGGAGAACAAAAGACACUAAUGGGAUAUAUACUGGAAGUAUUUGGUGUAGAUGUACGACUGCUUACUAUUGAUAAUUAAUUGAAGAUCAUCUUGAUUAAAGAUGCAUCUUUUCAUUGAACAACUCAUUUCGUAUUAUCUCAUUCUUAUUACUGUUGCUUUCCUCAUAAAUGAAAUACUCCUGUUGUUCCUGUGAACUUUAGACUUAUUUGUUGCAUGCAUACUUCACCAAAUAAGUUUUAACUCGUCUCAGAAAUAUACAUACGUUGAUUGUAA